AUGGGGCGGUUCGACAACUGGGAGCCAGCGCAGGAGUCCAAGGAGCUAGGGGACCCUGUAGACCUGCGCGGUGCCGCGCUCGGCCCCAAGGGGUACAAGGUCAACCCCAUAAAGACCAGCCGGAAACGCAAAAUAGAGGAGCCGCAGGACGAUGUGAUGGAGGAGCAGCAGCAGCAGCAGCCCGAGGCGAUGGACGCGGACGGCGGCGCGGGCGCGGCGGCGGCGCCGGGCGCCAAGCGGCAGCGGGUGGAGGGCGAGCCGUACCGCACGGUUUCUGGCAAGGUGUGGAAGGGGCCAGGGACCAAGGCCGGCACUUACAAGUCCGCCAUCGUGGGCACGACCUGGGAGAAGAAGAUGGCUGCGAAGGCCACCAAGAAGGUGCUGUCGGAGCAGAAGGCGAUCGCGGUCGGCGCGCUCAAGGCCAAGCGCAAGGCCAAGGCGCAGCAGCGGGAGGCGGCGAAGAUCCGCAAGAAGGAGAACCAGGCCAAGAGCGUGGUCGUGCAAAAGAUUACCAACGCGGCGACUGUCAAGAAGAUGAUGAAGAGCAAGAAGCAGCGGAAGCUGCUCAAGACCGCGGACACGAACUAG